AUGACGUUAUCGGAUUUCUUACCCGUCUUCAAUGAAGAUCCAUUACUAAAAUUUAGACCAUUUCCCGAGACUACAACUAUUCCUUUGUUUGCACACUGGCAUGAAAUCAUGGGGUCAUUUUUAAUGUAUGUUAUGAUUCAAAAAUUGUCCCCAAUGGUCUCCAGCAGAUUGUUUGGCAAGUCAUACACGCAAUUGAACUUCAAGACCAAGACGAACUUCGAUAUACACGUUGUUUCGAUGGUUCAAUGCGUGAUUUCGAUUUUAGCGUUAAUUCCGAUGUGGAACCAUCCUACGUGGAAGAACAGAAUAACCGAUCCGGCCAGUGCUGUCUUAGUAUACUAUCCAUAUGGAGGCUUUGUGAGCUCGAUUACAGUGGGUUACUUUGUGUGGGACUUGGUGGUGUGUUUCAAAUACAUGAACUUGUUUGGUGUCGGGUUUCUCGUGCAUGCUGUGUCAGCCCUCGUUGUGUUUGGCAGUACAUUGGCCCCAUUUUGCAUUCCAUGGGUCCCAGCCUUCUUGAUUUUUGAAUUGAGCACUCCGUUCGUCAAUGUCAACUGGUUUGCUUCCAAAAUGCCCGCAGGCUUCAUCAGCGAUGAAGUGGCUGUCGUGAACGGUAUUUUGUUGUUAGUGACAUUCUUCACCGUCAGAAUAUUAUGGGGUUUCUAUGCGGUUGUUGCCGUUGCCCGUGAUAUGUUUGCUGUGUGGGAUCAACUCUACAAGGUCAUGCCUAUUGUUACGUUGUUCUUGAAUGCCACCCUCGACUUAUUGAACGUGUACUGGUUUUACAAAAUGCUUUUGAUCGCAAAGAAAAAGGCAUCUGGCAGAAAGUCUACUAAAGAAGUUGAAAAGGAACUUGCCCACAAGUUAGAAUAG